UUGAAAAACCCCUUUCUCUUCAAUCUGCAGGAAAGAAAAAAACCCCACAAAUUCGCAACCUUAAUCUCUCCAUCCGAUUCUCCCAAACCCUUCUCUCAAAUUUCACGAUCAUUGCUUCAUAAUUCCAACCCCCAAACCCACAAAUUCAAUCCAUUUUUAUUCGUUUGAAAUUACUCCUUCAUUCCUAGAUUGGUUGAUGUGAUAUAAUCUGACAUAACCCUUUUUGGUGUUAGGGUUUUGUUGACAAUCUUUUUACCGAUUUUUAUGAUCAGAUUUUCGGAGUAAUUUUUUCAACUUUCCCAGAUUUUUCUCUUCUUAGGGGUUGUUUCUAGGGUUCCUGAGAAAAAAAAAGAAGUUUUAUCGAGGUUGACAUUUUCAGGGCCACAAUUGAUAACAAGAACACCUUAUAUUUCUAAUCAUUGUUUAGACCUUUUAGCUAGUAAUCUCUUCUGGGUAUUACAUACCCAAUUAGUGAUUUUUACAUCUAUGUGCAAAUAUAUGUGUGUAUGUAUGUUUUUGGUAUUUGAAACCUGUAAUUGCUAGUUUUGGAGAGCAAAAAGUUCGUUUUUUUUGGGAAAGUUAGAAGUGAGGUUUUCUUGUAUUAGGGGAUUGAUUCUUUUUUGAUUUUUUUUCUGUGUUGCUGUGAUUAGUUUUGUGUGUGGGGUUUCUUGGACUUAGUGUAGUUGAGUUAGUAUUGAAUAGUUGUGUAUGGGAGAGCUUGAGGGAUGGUCACAGAUGGGGGGUGGUGGUGGUGGUGGUGGCCGCCUAUUGCCAAAUGGGUUACUGCCAAAUGCAGGCCCAUUGAUAGAGAGUUUAGAUUCAGAGAGAUGGUUAAAGGCUGAAGAGAGGACAGCAGAGCUUAUUACUUGCAUUCAGCCAAACCAACCUUCCGAAGAACGAAGAAAUGCGGUUGCUGAUUAUGUUCAGCGACUUAUCAUGAAGUGUUUCCCCUGUCAGGUUUUUACGUUUGGGUCUGUACCUCUUAAAACAUAUUUACCUGAUGGGGAUAUCGACUUAACAGCCUUCAGUAGUAAUCCAAACUUGAAAGACUCGUGGGCCAGUGAGGUCCGUGAUUUGUUGGAAACUGAAGAGAAGAACGAGAACGCUGAGUUUCAUGUAAAGGAAGUUCAGUACAUUCAAGCAGAAGUGAAGAUUAUAAAGUGUCUUGUGGAGAACAUUGUGGUAGACAUAUCUUUUAACCAGCUUGGAGGACUUUGCACCCUUUGCUUUCUUGAGGAGGUUGACAAUUUGAUAAACCAGAAUCAUUUGUUUAAGCGUAGCAUUAUACUGAUCAAAGCAUGGUGUUACUACGAGAGUCGUAUAUUGGGUGCUCAUCAUGGACUUAUUUCCACUUAUGCCCUUGAGACCUUGGUUCUUUACAUAUUCCAUGUUUUCAACAAUUCUUUUGCGGGCCCACUUGAGGUGCUUUACCGUUUCCUGGAGUUCUUCAGUAAUUUCGAUUGGGACAAUUUCUGUGUUAGCUUGUGGGGCCCUGUACCAAUAAGUUCACUUCCAGAUGUAACCGCGGAGCCACCUCGAAAAGACAGUGGAGAAUUGCUGCUUAACAAAGUGUUUCUCGAUGCUUGUAGCUCCGUGUAUGCCGUUUUUCCUGGUGGUCAAGACAGUCAAGGGCAAUCUUUCCUCUCGAAACAUUGUAAUGUUAUCGAUCCACUUCGUGUGAGUAAUAAUCUUGGGCGAAGUGUCAGUAAAGGUAAUUUUUUCAGAAUACGAAGUGCGUUUGCAUUUGGGGCGAAAAGGCUGGCGAGAUUGCUCGACUGCCCGAAAGAAAAUCUCGUUGCAGAAGUAAACCAGUUUUUUACCAACACGUGGGACCGACAUGGUAACGGUAUUCGUCCUGAUGCUCCCGUUAUCGAUUCCUUGAUUUUGAAAUUAUCAAUCGAAACUCAAAUUAGCGAUUCAAGUGGCAAAAAGUUAGAAUCGGUCAUUCCUGAGAGUGAGUUUGAAGAGAUUCACUCUACCAAUUUUCGGUCAGAAAGUCAACCUAAGACUGGUGUAGUUACCGUGGUUCCUCGUUCCCAAACCCCAAAGAGUUACGGAAACUUGAAGGAGGCUGCUCCGGUUCAGGCUGCAAAUGCUAAUAAGGGACAACGGAGUUUGAAAUCCGGUCAUUUGGUCAAUGACAUUCAACGGUCUCCGUUUGCUAGAACGCGAUCGAGCCCUGAGUUAACCGAUACUUACAAAUAUGUUCCUUUCCAAGGGACCCGUAAUAAAGCACCCGAAACCGAAAAUACCCCUCCGGAAACGCAUAGCGGAUCAAAUAGUUACCAUCGUAACAGAAGGAAGAAUGUCGAACCUGAGCCAUUGAAUCGUGUUGGUCGAUCUUCAGGCGACGAGCCUUCAUCUGUACUCCAUAAUCCACCUCAUCAAAGUUUCGAGACCCCUAUUGAAUCAAAUAUGGAUUCGAAUGUGUAUCACCUGGAAGAUAUGCAUCAAGAGGAACAAGAUCUUGUGAAUAUGAUGGCGUCUUCUGCAUUUCAUGGUUUCAACGGGCAGGUUCAUAUGCCGAUGAAUUUAGCAUCCGGGCAUUUACCGUUUCCAAUCUCGCCAUCUUUUCUAGCUUCGUUGGGAUACACGCAACGGAAUUUGGCCGGAAUGGUUCCGACAAAUAUGUCGUUCGAUCCUGCAUUUUCCAGUAUGCAGUUUCCUCAAGGUUUGGUUUCUCCACAACUAACUCAUUACUUUUCUGGAGUCGGAAUGACGCCAAACUCCGGAGAUCCGGUUGACCCUCUUAACGAAAAUCUUGGUUCUGUGGAAAUGAACUCGGGUGAUGACCACCAUGACUUCUGGCGGGACCCAGAUCGUGGGAAUUCCGAACUCAUUCCACAAGAUGAUAAACCUCAGUCAUCGUCUACCGGGAUGAAUUACGUCCCACCCCCUCGUCGUGUAGGUGGGUCCGGUGGGUUAGUCCGAAAUCAACAAAAGUAUAACAAGGAGAAACGCGAUCGAUUGAGAGAUAACAACAAUCAUUUGGAUCAUCCCCAAUAUCAAGAAAAUAAAGGAAACGAUGCUUAUUCUGAUGAAAGAACAACGAGUUCAAGAUUCUCGUCUGCUGCCCACACUAAUUCUCUAAGAAGUAAAACUUCCUCCGAGAGUUCUUGGGAUGAAUCGUCAACAGUCUCGAGGUCAACAAAGGAAAAAAGAGGAAAGAAAACCGUCAUCCCUACAGAGUCAUCUGACCGUAUGCAAUCCGAGGACAAUGAGCAGGAGUGGGUCCCACCAACGAAUUUGGGCUCCGAGUUGGUGGACAGAAGCUUGGAAUCUCAAGCGGUUGGUCCUAUUCAUGUUCCUAGACCUCAUUUACCCGGUAUUGAACCGGCUCAAACAAGUGGUUCCGGUUCAGUAAUUCCUAUGGCUCCGAUGAUUAUCGGUUCAAACCCUAGACAACGGAUGAUGGAUAAUUCUGGGGUUACACAACCCUUAACGUUCUAUCCUACCGGGCCACCGGUUCCAUUUCUCACGAUGCUUCCAUUUAAUUACGUCCCAUCUGAGAAUGGAGGAUCAGAUGCAUCCACUAGCCAUUUCGGUGUGGAUGAGGGUUUAGAUAACGGUGAUAUUGGUCAGAGUUUUCAUUCCGAAGGGCUCGAACAGUCUGACGAUUUCAGUUUGAGAGGGGCUAAUCCCGGUGAGACCCCGGAUGAACCCAAGUCCGAUAUUCUUAAUAGCGAUUUUGCUAGCCAUUGGCAGAAUCUACAGUUUGGCCGAUUUUGCCAAAGUCCGCUACACCAUGGGCCCACGGUAUAUCCUUCUCCUGUCAUGGUGCCACCGGUUUAUUUGCAAGGUCGGGUCCCAUGGGAUGGUCCAGGAAGACCCCUGCCAAAUAUGAACUUAGUUACGCAGCUCAUGAAUUAUGGACCACGGCUGGUUCCUGUUGCACCUCUUCAGUCCGUUCCCAAUAGACCUCCUAACGUUUACCAACAUUAUGUGGAAGAUAUGCCGAGAUAUCGUAGUGGUACUGGAACAUAUCUACCAAAUCCUAAGGUUGCUGUACGGGAUCGUCAUUCUUCAGGCUCUCGAAGGGGGAACUACAACUACGAUAGAAGUGAAAAUCAUGUGGAUAGAGAAGGUAACUGGAACGGUAAUUCGAAAUCACGUGGUUCUGGCCGCAACCAUAGUCGUGGUCAAAUGGAUAAGUCAAACGCUAGGUUGGACCGGUUGGGUUCCGGUGUCGGAAGUCGGAGCGACAGGUCAAUGGGUUCACACAGACAUGAUUCCUUUUCUACAUACCAAUCACAAAACGGGCCAUCACAUCCUAGCUCAAGUCAAAGUGGGCCCGCUAAUGUGACGUAUGGCAUGUACCCUUUACCGGGUUCGAACCUGAGUGGAGUCCCAUCUAAUGGAUCAAAUGGUCCGGCUGUUGUGAUGGUGUAUCCAUUUGAGCAAAAUGCUGGUUUUUCUUCACACAGUGAGCAGCUCGAGUUUGGGUCGUUUGGUCCUGCGGGCUUUGCGGGUAUGAAUGAGCAAUCACCGCGGGCUGAAGGAAGUCUUACCAGGGGGACGUUAGAGGAACAUAGGUUAUAUGGGGCAUCCGUUCAACGGGCUUCACCAGAUCAGCCAUCAUCUCCCCAUCAUCAAAGGAGGGUAUGAUUAUUUGUCUAUCCAUCUUGGUUGCUCAAAGUGUUGAUAAAGCAAAGACAUUGAGAGCUGCGGAAAACGUGGCUUUUGGGAACUAAAAAUGAUGAAGAAAAGAAAGCAGCAGCAGGGUCGUGGUGCCACCGGAGUCAUCUCGUGCAAGUUCUUGAUUUUCGCUCUCAUGUGCUAGCGGCUGUGGUUCUAAUGUAAAAUGAUGGUGGUGGAGGGCGAUGGUCGUGGGAAGAGAAGUCUUGUUUUUCUGUUGGUGGCUAAAGGGUGGUGAGUGGUGGCCGCCACUGCCGCCGAUAUGUAGUCUUAACUCGUGUUACAAGGUCUUUUUUUUACCCUGUUAUACAAUUGUUACCCAUGUUUUUACUGAUGAUGAUGUUAGGGUUUUUAGUAAGGAAAGAUUUGUACCAAUUUCUAUGGAUCCUUUUGUCAUGUAGCAUUUACAGUUAAUGAUGAUGAUGAUAGAAGUUUCACAAUUUCUGUCAUGUCUUU